UCUGAAGGGGAAAUGGGCACCAUAGGACAUAAACACUAUCUGAUUGAAUGCUUGCAACCGGUGUGCCAGAUUUUCUCAUUCCGAGACUGCAAAACUGUUCCGGAUCCAGUAUUGGACCUCCCGACCUCACGUGGGACCUCGACCGCGAUCGUGAUAGACAAUGGCUCCUUCCAAACGAGGGCUGACUGGGCGACGGCGGACUUGGACGCUCCGCGACUGCUCUUCAGGUCCGUGGCGGCGCGCAGCAGAGGGGCCGCCCGCAGCGAGACCCAGAUUGGCAACGACAUCCCCAACCUGGAGCCUCUGCGGUGGCUGCUCAAAAGCCAGUUCGACCGGGAUGUGGUGGUGAACUUUGAGAUCCAAGAGCUGAUUUUCGACCAUGUGUUUAGUCACCUGGGCAUCACCUCGGAGGGCCGUGUGGAGCAUCCCAUCGUGCUGACCGAAGCGGCAUGCAACCCUUUGCACUGCCGCCAGAUGAUGUCAGAGUUGCUGUUCGAGUGCUACGGCGUCCCUCAUGUUUCUUACGGCGUGGAUGCCCUGUACAGUUUCCAUCACGACAGCAAACAGAGGAACCCGCGGCCUCCACAGACAGGCAUCGUUUUGUCCUCGGGGUACCAUUGCUCACACAUCCUGCCUGUUAUCGAGGGAAGGUUAGAUGCAGUGAACUGCAAGCGAGUGAAUGUGGCUGGAGGCCAGGCGGCAACUUACCUGCAGAGGCUGCUGCAGCUCAAAUACCCUGGUCACCUGGCCGCCAUCACACUCAGCCGCAUGGAGGAGCUCCUGCACGAGCACAGCUACACUGCUGUGGACUAUCAAGAAGAGCUAGAAAAGUGGCGCAGCCCUGAGUUCUAUGAGCGUGAGGUCCACAGGAUGCAGCUUACCUUCUCGGGUAAGUUGCCUGGCGGCUGUGUGAGUGCUGAGGAGAGGCAAGAGAGGCGAGCUCAGCAGCUGAGGCGUCUUCAGGAGAUCAAUGCUCGGCGACGCGGCGAGAAACUGCAGCAGGACCAAGAAAGACUGGACAGACUGAUGGCGGUGCAGGAGCUGCUGGAGGACGGCCUGUUGGAUCAGUUCCACAAGAGUCUGGUGGAGCUCAACAUGGACUCGGCCGAGGAGCUCCAGUCAUACAUCAACAAACUCCAGCAGGCCGUGGAGCAGGGCAGACACAAGCUGCUGCACAGCGACGCCACGGAGGGAAAGACAGAAGUGUCAGAGCUGGAGCAGCCUAUGGAGGAAGGCGAAGGCAUGGCCAUAAUGUAUCCGGACUUCCCAGAGGACGCCCUGCCGGAAAAACCUCUUAAUGUAGUCCAGCCGGCCUUCAAUAUGGCGGAAUACCACCAACUGUUUGUGGGCACGGAGCGCCUGCGCUGCCCGGAGAUCCUCUUCCAGCCCUCGCUGACUGGCGAGGACCAGAUGGGACUGAUGGAAACGCUUCAGUACGUGUUGGCCAUGUACACUCCAGAGCAGCAGGAGGCACUGGUCAGCAACGUGUUCCUGACAGGAGGCAACAUGCAGUAUCCUGGCAUGAAGGAGAGAAUGGAGAGAGAGUUGCUGGCCAUAAGACCCUUUCAGUCGCACUUUAAGGUGACAAUGGCGUCACGGCCAGCCGUGGACGCCUGGUUAGGGGCCAGAGACUGGGCCCUGGAGCACUCCCCUAAUGGUGGAGAGGAGGGCUGGAUCAGCCGGCAAGACUAUGAGGAGAAAGGGGGCGAGUAUCUCAGCGAGCACUGCGCCUCCAACAUCUUCAUCCCAAUGAAGGUCAACAAAAAUGGUCCCGCUCGGCCGGCCGAAGUUCCCGUCACCAUAGUUACAUCAGCUCUGACAGCCUCUUCUUCUGCAGCUGAUGUUGCCAUGGUUACGUCCUAAACUUACAUGUGAUGAGUGUCGUUAGUUUGAGUGCAGGGUUGUACCACCACUGCUUCAAUAGAAGCGUAUUUGGCAGCUCAGCCAAAAUGGCCAUCAUGUGAUCUCUCCCAGCCAAUCAGCAAAGAGAGGUGGAUGUACAGUGUUGCUCAUUUACUAUUUCCAAGCUCUUGUUUGUACAUUUGUAAAUAUACUUUUUACUGUUCAUUUACAAGUUCACGUUGUGUUUUUACAAAAAAGAUGAUCAGACGAUCUGCAGUACAACGCUUUCACCACUAGAUGUCAAAAAUGUACACUGAAUGUCAUCAGAGCACAGUCACUCUUACACUUAGAUUUCAUGAGAAGACACUUUCAACACCAAUUUAAACUGCAAAAAUGUAUAGUUAAGUUUGCCAUGUAACUAAUAUUUAUAGUUAGAAAUUGACAAAAUGGUAAACAGCCUUUUCACAAGAACAAAUAUGUGUGGCCACAGUAGAAAAAGGUAUUGGGGAACAUAAAUUAACAUUGUUGUAUACAUGUAUGUAAUACUGUAUUGUGUGUGUAUAUAUAUCUGUGUAUGUUUAUCUGUGUGUGUGUGUGUGUGUGCGUAUACAGUGGUGUGCGAAAGUGUUUGCCCCCUUCCUGAUUUCUUAUUUGUUUGCAUGUUUGUCACACUUAAAUGUUUCAGAUCAUCAAACAAUUUAAAUAUUAGUCAAUGUCAACACAACUGAACACAAAAUACACUUUUUAAAUGAAACUUUUUAUUGUUAAGGGAAAAAAAAAUCCUGUGUGAAAAAGUGAUUGCCCCCUAAACCUAAUAAUUGGUUGGGCCACAACAAGCAACAACUGCAAUCAAGCAUUUGCAGUGAGUCUCUUACAGCGCUGUGGAGGAAUUUUGUCCCACUCAUCUUUGCAGAAUUGUGUAAUUCAGCUACAUUGGAGGGUUUUUGAGCAUGAAGAGUCUUUUUAAGGUCAUGCCACAGCAUCUCAAUAGGGUUCAGGUCAGGACUUUUGACUAGGCCACUCCAAAGUCUUCAUUUUGUUUUUCUUCAGCCAUUCAGAGGUGGACUUGCUGGUGUGUUUUGGAUCAUUGUCCUGCUGCAGAACCCAAGUUUGCUUUAUCUUGAGGUCACCAAUAGAUGGCCGGACAUUCUCCCUCAGGAUUUUUUGGUAGACAGCAGAAUUCAUGGUUCCAUUUAUCACAGCAGGUCUUCCAGGUCUUGAAGCAGCAAAAAACGCCUCAUACCGUCACACUACCACCACCAUAUUUUACUGUUGGUAUUAUGUUCUUUUUCUGAAAUGCAGCAUUACUUUUACGGCAGAUGUAAUGGGACACACAUCUUCCAAAAAUGUCAACUUUUGUCUCGUAAGACCACAGAGUAUUUUCCAAAAGGUCUUGGGGAUCAUCAAGAUGUUUUCUGGCAAAACGGAGAUGAGCCUUAAUGUUCAUUUUUGUUCAGCAGUGGUUUUCAUCUUGGAACUCUGCCAUGCAAGCCAUUUUUGUCCAGCGUCUUUCUUAUGGUGCAGUCAUGGACACUGACCUUCACUGAGGCAGGUGAGGCUUGCAUUUAUUUGGAUGUUGUUGUGGGGUCUUUUGUGACCUCUUGGAUGAGUGGUCACUGUGUUCUUGGGGUCAUUUUGGUUGGCCGGCCACUCCUGGGAAGGCUCACCACUUUCCUAUGUUUUCACCAUUUGUGGAUAAUGGCUCCCACUGUGGACUUAAAAUGACAUGUUAAAUAGCCAUCACAACACAAACACAACUUUAGCUUCCAGUAAGGUGCUAAAAAACUCAACAUAAAUCAUUUCAGCACAGUUUAAAAAAAUGUUUUUCCAAGGACAGGAUGAAAACUUUGAACAUGCCCAGUCAGAGCCCAGACCUAAAUCCAACAGUGAGCAAGGAGAUUAAAAUACUGCAUUUGUAAUACAGUAUAUUUAUUUUAUUGUAAUUCAUAUUGUAUAUUUGACCUUGUAUUGUUUGUUUUUACUCUCUUUAUGGUCACUGUGAGCAUCACAGGCACUUAAAUUACAAUGAGUACUACUGUAAUAUUAUACAUGAAAUGGUAAAUAACUUUACAAAUAAAUUAUUUUUCAACCGAGUUUCUUUUUAUGUAUAUUUUUUCUUUUAAAAAGAUACAGCAAUCAAUGAAACAGAAGUGCAAUUAAGUA